AGACAUAUCUUAGAAUGGUGCGGAGGUGCCGCGCCAUUUUCCGGUAGUGUACAGAUUGCCAGAAGAGCUGGCAGCCAUUGCCAGGCCAUGAAGCUUUACAAGCUCAUUUGCUGUCUGGUGCUCCAUGCAGCUGCAAAGGAUGAGAGGAUGUGCCUGAUGCAGAGGCAUGCACGGCAAGUCACCGCAGUGGCGCCCGUCGAAAUCGACGACGCGAGUUCAGUACCUGAACCGUCACAUUCGCUGAUAAUGCUCAAGGCAGAGUUUCAGAUCAUCUCCCCGCAGCUGUGCGAGACACUGUUUGUGCCGGGUCUGGCGUUGAUCCUAGGAGUCAUGAUGCAGUCCAACGCCAAGACUCAUUCGGCAGGCCUACUGAUGGCCUUUUUCGGAGCACAGACAGCAAUGAACCUGUACAUGAAGCAGGUGUUCUCAUCUUUCCAGUUGCGGAAAGACUUGAUAGGCUUUCCCGCUCCCUUCGCCGUUACCGCCCUGCAACAGUUGACGGCCUUCGCGGCGAUUAGCAUCAGCUUCUGUGUCACCUGGUGCUUGGGCAAGCCUCUUCCCAUCAGAAUGCUGAAAAGCCGCCAAGAAGUUGGCUCUGUCAUGAUCUUGGCGCUGGCUUUCGUCUGCAACAUAGGUCUCAACAACCUGAGCCUUUCCAUCCUUGACAUUAGCGUGCACCUCAUCAUCCGAACUGCGGGGGCGUUGGUGAACUUGCUCCUGGAGUUUCUGGCAGCGCCAGUCUUGAGGUCAGUCGUCGGCGAGGAGGCAAAACGGCCUGUUGUGAGCUGCCGGGAUUUGGUGCUCACCCUGCUUGGGACCGCCUUCGCGCUGCUCGUAGUGCUCAGCAAGAUGUCGGACUUCCCCGAGAGCCAGAAGCGCAACUUCUACGUGGGCAUCAUUGUGUGCUGCCUGUCCAUGGUGGCGUCUGGUUGUGAGCUCAUCGUGGUGCGAGUACUGAGCAACCACCUGAAGCUGAACGCCCUUGAGGCCAUCCUGAAUAUGUCGCUGCCAGCUGCUGGCCUCCUCAUCCUGCCCACAAUGUUCUUCCGACAUUCAGUGGGGUGGCCAAACAAGCCGCCCAUGACCGACUGGGAGGUCAUGAGCACCGUUUGGAAGACCAGCCACAUGGGCAUCGUGCUAGGUCUUUUGUCCGGGAUUUUCGCGACACUCUACAAUGUGAUGUUGUACACUCUGAGUGGCGCAUUUCAGUCUCACAUGAUUUCCAUGGCCGCCAACUUCAACAAGAUCGCCCUGAUGUUCCUGUCGGUGUACCUUGGCUUGGAGCUGAUGCCCGAGAAGCCCUGGCGAUACUUGAUGAUCAGCGGCAUUCUGGGCAACGCGUUGAUCUUCCUCGGAAUGGGUAUCCUGAAAGCUCAAGAAGCUCCCAAGCCAGCGAAGUGAGUGUGCGCAGGGGCUGGCACCUGCAACAAAUUCGUGCAGCACCUGCUGCUACUGGCACCACAGCGACGACCAAGAUGCCCACGGCCAAGUUAUUUUUGGCUCUGGCGGAUGACGUCCAGACUUGCCG